AUGUCGUUUAUUACAAGAUUAUCAUCAAAACUUUGCCGAGUCACCAUCUCUUGGUCAAACAAAUUACUUUCACCUAGCAGAAACUCAGUUCGAAACUAUUCAUCCAAACUUAAAACCGAAACAAUUGUAAAGGAAAAGAAACCAACAAUUCCAAAAGCAGAAGAAAAUCCAUCAGAACCUAAAGGUUUCGUCAUUGUUGGAAAAAAGAACGGAGUAGGACGACCAAUCCUUCCAGAUCUUUUGGAAGAGCAAGUACCAAAAACAUUUUUACAAAAAGUUGCACAUAGUUUAAGCUUUGUUUAA